UCAUAACAAAGUUCGAACCUUUUUCAAUCAGUUUAGUUUUUACCUGAUCAUCCCAGCAUUUGAGCCUUUUGACUACAUCAUGUUAACAACAUUUUUUUUAAAUGUGAUGUUUUUGCUCUAUAUUUUAAUGGUUUUCCUCAAUAGUUUUUCUAUGAUCCAAAUCCGGUCAUCUUUGACCUUUUUGUUCUGUUCCAUUAAUAUGUUAUUAUACAUUACUUUUGGAAUGUGUUUUACCCAAUACUUUACCAAACGAGCUUUUAGCUGACUGAACUUAUAUGGUUACAGGUUUUUUGUAUUUUUCCUUUUUUGGUUUUUACAUUUGUGAUUUUGAACUUGUUUGUUUCAUUGCUGAAUGAUGCUUAUAAUAUAUUAUAUGCCUAUGAUUCACAUCAGUUUUGUGUUUUUGUGUGUUUUCAAGCAGUCAGUGUUGAUUUCUUAUUUUCUGAUGACUUGCUAAUAAGGAUGUAAGAUGUUGUUUUUCCCCUCUUUUCUUUCUGCUUUCGUCCACUCAUCCUAUACUGUUUGGAUAGUGAAAUCGUGAUUUGGCCUCCUAAUUUAAAGAAAAAACAAAACAAAACAGAACAAAAAAACCCGAACGAUUAUUUUGUUAGUCUGGCUCAAUCAAAAUCAUGUAAAAUUUAAAGAUCAGGGCUCUGAAGUUUGAGUGUAAAGGAAUUUGCCUUUUAUGUGCAUGGCUUUCAUCCUGUCAGGGGAAUACAGCCCAGUCUGGCCAAGAUUAGACAUCCUUCCUGCAACAUUUUUCAUGGUGACUCCAGGGAUUUGAAGGUCAAAAACCAUAAAAGAUGUAUUCAGCGUGAACACCUCAAGAUGAAGUUUGAUUGAUAAUCUGGAAAGGACUCAAACAAAGCAUGCAAGUUCAAAAGCAUGCAAAUCAUGAGAGUUGCAAUAAUCCAGGAUUACAAGGACAUUUAUGAAAGAGGGCAAAAUAAUGCGCCUGCCUUACUACGCGUCUGAUUUCCACAUGUAUCCAUCUGAUUACGUCUGAGGUUGUGUAUCCAGUCUCAGGAAGGUGGGAAUGAGCAAAGAACCUGUCAUUUUGAAAAAUCUGACUCCUGGACGGGGGGAGUGGUCUGGAGGACAAAACCGGAAGAGGGCGGUGCAAAUUUCCUUAAAAUGCCCAACAUGUCAAAGAGAGGCUGUCCUGAAGUGCAAAUGUGGGGCUCACACAUGACUCAAACCAUUUCUUAAGAGACAUUUCCACAUCCCCAGCAGACAGACAUAAGCUGUAGGUGUUGAUAUGUCUUCAGCACAGCCUUUUGGAAAUGAUUCUUCAAGGAUGGAAAGGAGCUUGUUCUUAAUAAUGCAGAGUCCUGCCUCAUGAAGCCUCUGCAGGGAGUUUCUGUGGACUUGAGCAGCAUGACCCUGUGGGCCCUGCUGGUCAUUUUCCCUGUGUGUGCAUCGUCCUCUCUGUCUUUAGGGAUAUCUGAGGAGAAGGACCCGAUCACCAAGCGCGCCUGCUUUGAUCGAGCCUGCAACCCCCGCAUGGGUAACCUGGCUCACGGCCGACUUUUACGCACGCGGUCAGAGUGCGGCUCCAACACUUCCGAGCCCUUCUGCUUCUUCACGCAGACCUCUGCGCCCCGCCACGGCGAAUCCUGCUCCCCCGCAAAGUGCAGCCUGUGCGGCUCCUCCAUACCCGGACACGCGCACCCUCCUUCCGCCAUGAGCGACUCCUCUUUUCUCUUCCCCGACACCUGGUGGCAGUCAGACGGGGAGAUUGAGGAGGAGACGCUCCAGCUGGACCUGGAGACGAAGUUUCUCUUCACUCAUUUGAUCCUAGUAUUUCGCUCCCCGCGUCCCGCUGCCAUGGUGCUGGAACGCUCCCAGGACCACGGACGCACGUGGAAGGCGCUCAGAUAUUACGCCUGGAGCUGUGAGGAGGUUUUUGGAGUGGCUGAGGGUGCAUCUGUCACAGAAAGUGGCGCAACUUGUACUUCUAAGUAUUCUGGAGCUUUUCCGUGCACCAGAGGAGAGGUGAUUUAUCGAGGCUUGUCACCUUGGAGCUCAGUAGAUCCCUAUGGGCCGGUUGCUCAGGACCAGCUAAUGAUCACCAACCUCCGAGUAAAACUUUUGCAAAGGCAGCAGUGUCCUUGUUUGACUAAAUCUUCAGAGGUACCUGUCCACCCUCCGGACCACUACGCCAUCUACGAUUUCAUCGUCAAAGGUAGCUGCCUGUGCAAUGGACAUGCUGAUCAGUGCAUACCAGCCAGAAGCUAUCAACCCAACCAACAGGGGGUUGCUAACAUGGUUCACGGGAAGUGCGUCUGCAGACACAACACAGCCGGCGAUCACUGUGAGCGCUGUGCACCUCUGUUCAAUGACCGGCCGUGGCAGGCGGCCAACGGCAUCAUGGGUGCACCGCACGGAUGCCAGAAGUGCAAGUGCAACGGCCAUGCCAGCAACUGUCACUUCAGUCGGGGGCUGUGGAUGGCAACCGGUCGGCGGAGCGGAGGCGUUUGUGACCAGUGUCGCCACAACACAGAGGGCCGCCGCUGCCAAACCUGUAAGAGGGGCUACUACAGAGAUGCAAGCCGUCCGAAGAAUGCAGCAGAUUCCUGCAAACCCUGCACCUGCCAUCCCAUCGGCUCUAUCUUCCAGGCCGAUGGCCAUCUUUGUGACCCAAGCAAUGGGAAUUGUACUUGUAAGCCCGGCGUUGGGGGCCCCCAAUGUGAUAGAUGCUUGAUGGGACACUGGGGGCUGCAUGAGCACGGCUGUCGUCCAUGUGAUUGCCUGGGGGACUGCGACCCCUACACUGGAGACUGCAGUUCUGGCUCUGAUGUGGAGAUCCUCUAUGCAGCCGCUGACCCCGAGAGACAAAGCAGCAAUAAGAGUGAGACGGCACUCUAUAGGGGAGAGGAGCUUUUCUCUGCACUGCACCACUCUGUGAAAUGUGAUUGUGAGGAAGUUCCUUUUGGCAGUCCUAAACACUUCUGUUCUGCAGAGUUUGACUACGUGGUGGUGGUUAAGGUAAUGUCCGCUCAUGACAAAGGCUCUCACGUGGAGGUGGAGGUCAAAAUAAGGAAGGUGUUGCAUCAGAGACCACAGAUGAAGAUUCAGCGGGAAAGUGUCACCCUUUACCCCGAGUCCUGGACCAUCCGUGGCUGCACCUGCCCCAUUCUCAACCCAGGAUUUGAGUAUAUAGUGGCCGGUCAUGAAGACUGGAACACCGGCCAUCUUCUCAUUAACACCAAGAGCCUCGUUAAACCAUGGAAACCAACCCUCGCCCGCAAAAUUCUCAACAUACGCAGAAAAUGUUAUGGUUAUACGUGAAAAAAGUUCAACAAUGACAGGAGGUGCUGGGGUGCUGUUGGGGACACACAGACACAUUAGGAAUUACUUGGACACUAAGCCCAUUGACUUGUAUUUUCUAUUUGUAAAGUUGUAGCAACUGCAAACCCUUUGUUUGCCUUGUUUCCAUUAAAGUUGAUGUUCAGUGCAGAAAUAUGUUUCCUGGAAAAUAGCAGGAAAUUGUGUAAAAGCAAAAGUUGAAAUUUUGCAGGUUUUAGACAUUUUGAGGUCAAUGAUGAAAGAAAUACCAGAAAAAAUAUAUUUCCAAUUCUUGCCUAAUGGAACUUAAUCUUAACAGCUUCAAGUCAUCCUGCCACCUCACCAAAUCCCACAUCAGUUUGCUUAAAUAGUUUAGACUGAAAUUUUUGAGACUUUUUUAGACUUUUCUUAAGAACUUCUCAUUUUUUUGUGGCUAACAUUUCCCAGAUAUUAGGAUUAAUUUCUUAACUGAGAGCUAAUGUACAGUUUCAAAUCUUGAGGGCUAAUUAAAACUGAGUUUGAAUUGUUGGAAAAACAUUGCCAAAACUUUAUUCAAAUAGCAGAAAUUGUUGCUUGUUUAGUGUGCACUUUUGAACAGGGAGGAAAUUUAAAAAACUACUUCUUUAAAUUUAGUGUUUGUUAUUUUAAAUGCAUGGGGAGCUUGACUCUCCACCCUAAACAUAAAACACAUACAAAACUCCAAGCAUAUGAAUGACUGUAAGAGUUUCAGAUAAAGACGUUAUUGUUCAUACUUGACUUGAGUAAUGCCCAUCUUUGGCUAAAAGAGAAAAACUCACUAAUUAAAGGUUUGUAACCUCUUAAUUCUGACGCGUUAAUCAAAAAAUAAAAAAGUAUUAAACC